AUGCCGGCCCAGCUCCUGCGCCUUCGCCUGCUUGGUAGUCCGUCGAGGCUUCUAGGUUCUCCCCGCGGCAUAUCGGUUCUGGGGAGGGCAUUCCCCUUCAAGCUCAAGUACUCCGGAUUCCACCAAGGGCAGCCGCUCCUCCCUUCUGAGAAGAGCCUCGGCGAAGCUGGAAUGCGAGCCUUCUCCUCCGGUUGCUCUGUUGGCCGGAGAGCCGGCGGGGGGCGGGACAGUCGCAGGGGGGGGUUCCGGGCGGGGAGCAUCUCGGCGCAGGCGAAGAGUCUCGUGGACGAUGAAGCUGAGCUCAGCGACUGGAUCAGCGAUUUGAAGACUGAUUCGUUCCGCGUUGGGAGGAGCAGCGAUAGCGACGAUGGAAGGGACUUCGCCGGUGGCGGCAGAUCGAAGCGCAGGGAGACGGGUGGUAGGGGAAGGGAUGGGGGUGGUGGGAGGGUUGGGGGUAGGAGGGAUUCAUUCCGUGGCGGGUUCAGCAGUGGGAGUGACGAGGGAGGCGACUACAGCCGCGGCAGGUCCAAUGACGGAGGGAGAGGUUGGGGCAGAGAAGGGAACAGGGGCAGGGGAAGGGGUCGAGGAGAUGCAUUUCGUGGCCGGCUCAGCAAUGGGAGGGAGGUAGCAGGUGAGUACAGUCGCAGCAGGUCGAACACCAGGGAGAUACUGGGGGAUAGAGAUGGGGAAAGGGGCGGGAGGGAUGGAAGAGGAAUGGAGAGGGGCUCACCCCUGUCUCGCCGUAGCUCCGGCAGACCUCCGAUGAGAGGGCGAGACAGCGGACCCAGGAACUUCAACUCCAGCUUCGAGAGGAGGCAGAGUCGCGACUCGAUGGGAUCGAAAUCGAGGAUAAUUGCAGCCGACAGCGAGUCCGAGGAGGAAGAAGAUGAGGUGGAUUUCGACAGUCGCAAGAGAAACCGUGGUGGGACCAGAGGUAUGCUAUCUUCGUCUUCCUUGACAAAGAGAGGAAAACAAGAUUUCAACUCCAGUCGCUUACCUAGUGAUGGUAGGAUAUCAUUGCCUGAGAUCUCAGAGGAUGAGGAAGAUGAUCUUGACGACGAAGCUGUGCCCGGUUUAGAAGAUUUCUUCCCUACCAGAGAUGAGGACAUAGAAGAGGCACCCGUGCAAGCUGGACACAAGGGACUGGGUUUCUCUCAGCAUAGGGAAAAUGCUCCGCCCAAGCCAAUCAGCUCUGAGGAAUGUGAUUCUUACCUGACUGAUACAAGGUGAUUUCUUUUGAGAAUAACUAUUCAUAUGCCAUGAGAUGAAGAAUUAUCUUCUAUUACAUUGCUGUCUUAACUCUGACAUUAUCUUCUUUCACGGUUCAUCUUUCUGCAAAAGAAGCUGAGAAUUACAUGUAGUGGUUAUGAACUACUGUGCUGGUACCCCUAUUGAAGGAGAAAUUGGUACCUCAAUCUACCAGUGAUUACAGGUGCAACAGAAAAAAAAAUCAUAUUUUUGGACAGAUUGAGGGCUUCUAUGAUCAGCAAUUUCGCGACUCCAGGUUUACAUGGAUGAAUUUCCUCCAGAGGCAGGGGUGUGUUGGCAAAUAACAUAUGGGGACUCCUCAGGUUAUAGUAGCGACUGAGUUACAAAGUAUAUCGUUGAAGUAAUCCAAGAAGUGAACCCUGUGGAAUGACGGGGAAGGGGUGAAUGCUUGAAGUAACUAACUUAACUUAAGCCCUGCUUGAUCCUUCUAAUCUUGCUCAGAGGACUCAAUUAGUCAGAACCUAUCAGAACAUACUUUUGCAUGCUGAUCCUUGAUUGCGACUAACAUCAAAGCUCUGGCUGUAGUAUCCACGUCUAUGCAUCCUAUGGCCUUUAUGAUUUCUUGAACACUUUGUUUGUCAGAUUAAUCCGCAGUUUAUGUAUUCUUUUAUGUUCAGUGAGAACUACGAACAGCACUGAGAUAAUUUUUUCUUUUUCUCCCCGUUUUCUAGCUCUUCCCACUGACAUUCUCACCGACUUUAAUAUUCAGGUUUGAUCAGUGUUCUAUCUCUCCCUUGUCCCUGAAAGGAACAAAAGCAGCAGGCUAUGAGAGGAUGACUGUGGUCCAGGAGGCUACUCUUCCGGAUAUCCUCAAAGGUUCGUGUUCUAGAAUACAUACUGCAGAUGUUAAACCCAAAUGAACGAGGUUUUAUCAGCUUUACAAGUUUCCUUGUGCUAAUAUGUGUCAUUGAAAGGGUUUUAUUGGCUACAAUAGAUAGCUUAAGUUUGGUACCAUAUCAUAGAAAUUUCCACAAGGGAAACAUAUAUUCUUGGUUAGCAAAAAAAGUCAUUUUUUUGUGACACAACCAUUAUCAAUGAGAAGGAAACAGCUUGGAGCGUCUCUCAGGUAGCUUUACCCAGCCAACAAAGCUUGAAGUGCUUUAUUUAACGACUGCUUUGCUUGUCUGCCAUGACAAGGGAGGAACUCGCAUGUUACAAUAGUCCUCUAGCCUGCUCCAGUAGCUGGCACGAACAUACAGUCUUAGCAUCAUGUGAAAAAAAAAAUCCACCCUCUUCUCUGAUACCUAAGUUUCUUGAAAAUUUUGUAGUCGUCAUUGAAAUGAGAAACAUCCACGAAUUACUCCAUCACUGCUGCUUUAGUUGAUUGAUUGUAAUGCAAUGGCACAGACGUAGAUUUCUUCCUUCCUAGUUGUCUUCUCGGACCCAUUAACCAGGAGAUGAUUAAUGAUUCCUUCCACCUGUCGGAUUUCAGGGAAAGAUGUCCUGGCCAAGGCUAAGACAGGGACUGGAAAGACUGUGGCGUUCUUGGUAAAUAAAUUUCCUUGAUUUUCUUGGAUCCCUGCUCAACUUCUAUCCACAAUUGGGCUGCUGUAUUUUCUGAUUAACGUAAAUUUCCAGCUUCCAUCAAUUGAAGUGGUCACUAAGCUGCCCCAAGCGGACCGCGAUCAGAGGAGGCAGCCCAUCAGUGUGCUUGUCGUGUGCCCUACCCGAGAGCUGGCCAACCAAGCGGCCAUGGAAGCUGGCAAGCUUCUAAAGUUUCAUUCAUCCAUAGGGGUCCAAGUUGUAACUGGGGGUACAAGACUAGCCCUGGAGCAGAAGCGCAUGCAAGCCAAUCCUUGUCAGGUGGAAGCCUCAUCUAAACAAGCCUGAUAACAUCAUUGCGUCUGAUUUAUUUCUUUAAUCAGCAAUGAGAAAGCAGACAUUUAAGCUCUGUCGCAUGGGUACCAUGCUGGAGUAAUUGGUCCAUGCAACCUAUUACAGGUUUAUUUCUUAGAAUAACCUAUAUAGGAUUUUAUUUAUUUAUUAUUUUCAAAUUUUUUUCAGAUCCUCGUAGCGACCCCUGGAAGGCUGAGAGAUCACAUUGAGAACACGCCAGGGUUUGCCACACGGUUGAUGGGUGUCAAAGUCCUUGUCCUUGAUGAGGCCGACCAUUUACUAGACAUGGGGUUCCGGAAGGAUAUUGAGCGAAUUGUUGCUGCAGUGCCCAAGCAACGGCAGACACUUCUCUUUUCUGCGACAGUCCCUGAUGAGGUAGGGUUUCCCUUCAAAGCUCUGAUAAUAUCUUGUUUGCCCUUGAGGGUUGACCUUGAGGUUUGACCUUGGCGCCUGUGCUUUCUCCUUGAAUGGCCCUGGCGGGUCUGAGCUCUGAUCCGGAUUUAAAUGAGCAGGUUCGUCAGAUCUGCCACAUUGCCUUGAGAAGAGACCACGAAUUUAUUAACACCGUUGAAGAGGGUGAGGAGACACACUCACAGGUAGGAUUCUUUUCUCAAUUCUUCUUCUAACAAGCCAUUCCGUCACCUCCUCACCGGCCGUCUCCCCCUAAAUAUGGCAAAGUUGCUGGUUUGACCAGGUCAGCCAGCUGGUGCUAGUUGCUCCUCUAGACAAGCAGUUCUCCACGAUCUAUGGCCUUUUGACUGAUCAUAUCUCAGACAACGUUGACUACAAGGUACGCCUCCAUCUCCUCUCCUUUGAAGUUCCCUCGCUUGCUUCUCGGGAUCAUUAUUUCAACUGGGACGGUUUCAGGUCCUCGUGUUUUGCACGACUGCGAUGGUCACAAAACUCGUCGCCGACCUCCUCUCCGAGCUGCAUCUGAACGUUCGAGAGAUGCACUCAAGGAAGCCGCAGAGCUACAGAACCAGGGUCUCUGACGAAUUCAGGAAGUCAAAGGGUCUCAUCCUCGUGACGUCCGAUGUAUCUGCACGUGGGGUGGAUUACCCGGACGUUACUCUCGUCAUACAGGUAUUGUAGAAAUAUUACCAUCCAAGAAACUUCAAGAAUUCUCUGGAAUAUGCAGUUUGAACAGUCGUGUCCUGGAACGUGUUUAGAAGUCAGCUCCUCAUUGUAAAGAUGCGUUGCUCCAAGGUCUAGAAGUCAGCUCGUGGGUCAACUCCUCUCACAGCCAGUUGGUUUUGGCAGGGUUCAUGGUUUUAAUCUGUUUUAAUCUCUCCCAAGGACGUGGUUACUUACCUACAUGGGCUCAUUAUCAAAUGAUCUUAACAGAAAAGGGAGGGGGUGGGUUGAUCCGACGUUGAUGUAGAUAUUCGGUUUGUUCACUGACACUUUUGGCUGUGUUUCAGGUGGGUAUGCCCUCAGACAGAGAGCAGUACAUUCAUCGACUGGGUAGAACUGGCCGUAAGGGUAAGCAAGGGGAGGGAAUACUGCUUCUGGCUCCGUGGGAGGAGUUCUUCGUGUCAAGCAUCAAAGAUUUGCCUGUGUCGAAGGCUCCAGUUCCUCUGAUAGACCCAGAGACUAGAAAGAAGGUAAGCUCAUUCAAGAACCAAGCUUGUCUAAUUGCUGGGUCCAAGGCCUUCUUGCAUUCCCUCGUGGCACAGUUGCAUCUGGCUCUUGUGGGCGCGUGAUUCCAACUCGGCCAAGGGGUUCCUCACUUCUUCCCAAGAAGGAGGGAGGGAGAUUUCGUAGAGAUAGUUGACUAACUCUCCUCCUUGUUCUUCAAACAGGUGGAGCGUGCGCUGGCCCACGUGGAAAUGAAGAACAAGGAGUCAGCGUACCAGGCAUGGCUUGGCUAUUACAACUCGAACAAGGUCAUCGGCCGAGACAAGGCUCGGCUGGUGGCCCUCGCCAACGAGUUCAGCAGUAGCAUGGGGCUCGACAACCCGCCCGCCCUGUCGAAGCUCGUGCUCGGCAAGAUGGGCCUCAGGAAUGUGCCCGGCCUGCGCUCCAAGUAG